AUGAGUACAGUGUCUGAGCCUUUAGGUGGGAGCGGCAGGUCCCUGUCUGGAGCUAGGAGACACAAGAGUAUCAGGAAGAACUCCAGGAAGAUUUAUUCUGCCUUCCAGGACCACCAGCAGGGCUCCUCAGAUGAUGAAGAUAAAGUAGAUGAGAAGGUGGACAGCAAUGACCCAGAAGAGAUGUUCCAAAACAUUCAGUACCAGAAGGAGAUCAUUGCCAACAUUCGGAGUAGGCCCUGGCCGAUGAGACGCAAACUCAAAGUCCUAAAGCAGGCCAGAGAGAUCGUUCUGAAGUAUGAGGGCCGACUGACCAGAACCAGGGGUUACCAGACUGCAGGAGCUGAUCUGCUGAAGAAGCUUUCCCGUUUGCUUUACAACAUCGUGGUUCUGUUCAUUCCUUGGGAAGUUAGGAUCAAGAAAAUUGAAAGUCACUUUGGGUCAGGCGUAGCCUCCUACUUUAUCUUCCUCCGCUGGUUGUUUGGGAUCAACAUUGUCCUCACCGUUAUGACUGGAGCCUUCAUCGUCCUACCAGAGCUGCUGGCUGGAGCUCCAUUUGGAACAACGAGAAGUAAAACUAUUCCCAAGGAACAUCUGGCUUCAGCGCAAGACCUGGACACCAUCUGGUCUCUUGGGGGCUACCUGCAGUACUCUGUGUUAUUCUAUGGUUACUAUGGCAGGGUGAGGAAAAUUGGCAGCGCAGGGUACCGGUUACCCCUUGCCUACUUCCUGGUUGGGAUGGCUGUCUUUGCCUACAGUUUCAUCAUUCUUUUGCGAAAAAUGGCCAAGAACUCUCGUCUCAGCCUGGCUAGUGCUUCUGAUGAAAGCUUUACUUUCUGCUGGAGAGUGUUCUGUGCCUGGGACUACCUGAUAGGAAAUCCAGAGGCUGCAGAGAGCAAAGGAGCUGCCAUUGUUAACAACAUCAGGGAAGCCAUUGUUGAGGAGCAAGAAAAGAAGAAGGAUACCAGUCUGGCAGUUUUGAUCAGUCUGCGGAUCUUAGCCAACAUCCUGGUCCUGCUGUCCUUAGCAGGCAGCAUAUACAUCAUUUAUUUUGUGGUGGAUCGUUCUCAGAAACUGGAGCAGGAGAAGCCGGAGCUGACGCUGUGGGAAAAGAAUGAGGUAAGUGUGGUGGUUUCUCUCAUCACCAUGAUUGCUCCGUCUGCAUUUGAGCUGGUGGCUCAGCUGGAGAUGUACCACCCACGAACCUCACUGCGAUUCCAGUUGGCCAGGGUCCUUGUCUUAUACCUUGGGAAUCUCUACAGCCUCAUCAUUGCACUCCUUGAUAAAGUCAACAGUAUGAGCUCUGCUGUCCAAGUGAGUACUGUAAACUGGAGUGAUUCCAGCUCCUUCCUGGCCACAAUAUCUCAUCCUGAGGGAAACAGCCUCUCCACGCUGGUGUCAGAUAUCGCCCUCUCUGAGAAUCAAAGUAGCACGACAGCAACCAUUGCCACGAUGCUGGCUGUAACCAACAGCAGGAUCAGCUCAGGGACCAUCUACAACCAGACAGUUCUGUUUGAGAAGAACACCCGUUCUCAACAAGAUCAGUGCUGGGAGACCUAUGUUGGACAGGAGAUGUUGAAACUGUCCAUCAUUGACAUGAUCUUCACAGUUGUGAGCAUCCUGCUCAUUGACUUCAUCCGAGGUCUAGUGGUUCGCUACCUGAGUGACUGCUGCUGCUGGGAUUUAGAGAGCAAGUUUCCUGAAUAUGGUGAAUUCAAAAUAGCUGAAAAUGUCUUGCAUCUAAUUUAUAACCAAGGAAUGAUCUGGAUGGGAGCAUUUUUUUCUCCCUGCCUUCCUGCCUUCAAUGUGCUGAAGCUGAUUGGUCUGAUGUAUCUGAGGAGCUGGGCCGUUCUUACCUGUAAUGUUCCUCAUCAGCAGGUCUUCCGAGCAUCUAGAUCAAACAAUUUCUACCUGGCUAUGCUGCUUUUCAUGCUGUUUUUGUGUAUGCUGCCCACCAUCUUUGCUAUAGUGAGAUAUAGACCGUCACAGCAUUGUGGACCAUUCAGUGGUCAGGAGAAGAUUUAUGACAUCAUCUCUGAGACAGUGUCCAAUGACUUCCCAGUGUGGUUCAGUAAAAUGAUGACUUUUAUCACCAGCCCUGUCGUCGUCCUGCCAGCACUGCUGCUGUUGUUCAUGCUGAUAUACUAUCUUCAGUCCAUUGCCAGAUCCCUCAAAUUCACCAACAACCAGCUGAGGAUGCAGCUCCAGACUGAGCGCACAGAGGACAAGAAGAAAGUCUUCCAGAUGGCUGCAGCGAGACUACAGGUUCCAGAGGCUGCUGCAGACAAACAGCCAGAUCAGCAGGAAAGUGACAUCAGAAGCCAAGAGACCUCUAUCUACACCCCGUCUCUCCAACGGAAUAGCAUCAUCACAAGCUAUCAGUCCCCUGUUCAUCGUGGAAAUACCAUCCGCACCAUCACCCAAUCAGCGUCUAGGGCAGAUCUGAAUGGAGGAAGUGUGGCUGGAUCUGUCAGACGUCCAGCAGUUACCGUACUGCCCAAACACUGCCUGGAAAACAAUCCUAACAGCAGGCCCUCACCAUUUCUUGGUGGUCCUAGUGGUGCCUGCAGGUCCAAGUCCUACCAUCACAUGACAUGCAAUCCUCCACCUCACUGUUCUGACAGCAUCCACUCUGACCCCUUGUACAGGAAGACCAUACGCUCUGUUCAUCCAGUUGAAGGUGCUAGGCUCAUCACUUCACAGAAUUAUGGGGUACGGCGUGGUCACACCACCCGCUAUCUGAUUGUCAAUGAGCAUGAGUCCAGGAAGAAGCUGCUGCGCUCAGCCACACGGAUCCCACGCCAUUAUUUCAUGGAGGAACCCGCAGAGAUCCUGGAACUGUACCCACUGAACGUAAGACGUUGCACACCCUGCACCACUUACCACCAACCACAUCAUUACCGGUCUUACUCAUCGCAGCAGCAUCUGAGUGAAGAGGAAGGGGAUGAAGACCAGAGGAAAGGCAGGAGAAAGAUGUCACUCGGUAAAGCUCAUCGGCCCCGCUCACUGUCUGACCUCCACCAGCCACCACAUUUCUACAUCGGUGACCGUGUAGAAAACCACAUAACCAUAGAUAAAGAAAAGCGCACAGCUCGAGGAAGAUAUAGGGCUCAAGAAAAGGAUGAAGAAGAGGAUGGUGUAGGAGAAGUGGGCUGGGGAGGUGCAGAGUUACACUCCCAGUCACAGGCCAGUGUCAGAGUAGCUGACCCUCUUUUUCUGCAAACCAGACGUCACAUCCAUUCCCCAGGAAGACCGUGUUUGUCUCCAACUGGGCCAAGGCACACUGAGUCUCAUGUGAAGUCCAAGACGAAGCCAAAGCUGGAGACCCCACAGACUGAGUCAGACUCAGCCUCCCUGGCCUCCAGCAGUGAUCAGCAGAACAGCAGCGCUGACCAGUACAUUCAGGUCAUCAAUAACAAGGAGCGCUAUCUCAAGUCUGAACCCAGGCAAGGAAAAACAAGCAAAAAGAAAUUCAAAACCAGCUUUGAGCUAAAAAACACUGAGUCAAAUGACCUGCUCUGCUCCAAUGUUUGA